UCCUGGUCUGAAUGGAACAUCCUGAAAGUGGUUUGGCACUCGGGAGCGGGCGAGUUGCGACUGACAACGUCGCAGGGGGUAGCUUCAGUUUCUUCACGCUACCGACCGCAGGAAGCCCGAGAGCGGGGCUUAGAAGCGACGCAUGCCCUUGUAAGAUCCCUCCGUCGUCGUUUUCUUGCUCCUAAAGCGAUGUUCGUUUUUGAAUUUUCCCAAUUUGUUCUGAGGCAACACGGAAUCGCGGCUUGAAGUUGCAGGCUUCGGGUUUCUGGGAAUGCUUCCUCAGUCUGCCAGUCAAGAGCAGAGAGUGACGGUCCCUUCUGAAGAUCCACAUCUGAAGACAUGUUGUACUGGACUCUGUGUGACUGGAAAGUACUGCUGCUGAUUGUUCUGCUGUGGGACUGCCUCUGUGCUUUGGGACUGAAACCCACGAGAUGGCCGCUGUAUUCCCAAAAGCCUUUGCUCCUCGCUUGGAAUGCGCCGACUGAGGACUGUGCCCCACGGCAUGGCAUUCGUUUUCAGCUGGACCAGUUCCAGAUCGUUGCCUCACCCAAUGAGGCCUUUGUUAGACAGAACCUCACCAUCUUCUAUAAGGACCGCUUGGGCUUGUACCCCUACUUUGAGCCAGAUGAAACACUGGUGAACGGGGGGCUGCCGCAGGCGGCCAGCCUCACACAGCACCUGGAGAAGAUGCCGGACGGUGUGCAGAAGUAUAUACGUGAACCAGGGGCCACCGGUCUCGCAGUUAUUGACUGGGAGGAAUGGCGCCCACUCUGGAUACGUAACUGGGAAACCAAAGAUGUUUACCGUAGACAUUCUCGUGAGUUGGUGCGCCAGAAGAACCCAACGUGGCCUCCAGAGCAGGUGGCAAAAGUAGCCCAGCAGGAGUUUGAGAUGUCGGCCAGGAAGUUCAUGCUGGAGACGCUGAGGCAAGCCAAGAACCUGAGGCCCAACCAGCUGUGGGGGUUCUACCUGUUCCCCGACUGCUACAACCACGACUACAGGCGUACUCUGGAGAACUACACAGGCCGCUGUCCUGAUGUGGAGGUGGCCCGCAAUGAGCAGCUGAAAUGGUUGUGGACUGAGAGCACGGCCCUCUUCCCCUCCAUCUACAUGGGCACCGUGCUGCGCUCCUCGGCCUCCGGACGCCAGUUUGUCCGGAACCGAGUGAAGGAGGGGAUGCGCUUGGCAUCAUCGGGCGAUGGUUUGGCACGUCCUGUCUUUGUGUACACCCGGCCUACCUACGCUAAUUCUCUGGAACAGCUGACGGAGACUGACCUUGUCUCCACCAUCGGGGAGAGCGUCGCUUUGGGAGCAGCUGGAAUCAUCCUGUGGGGAGAUGCAGCGUACGCAAGCAGCAUAACCAGCUGUUCCGACCUCGAUGCAUAUCUACGGGGUCCACUGAGUCAGUACCUCCUCAACGUCUCCAUGGCAGCAGAGCUAUGCAGCCAGACUUUGUGUGGUUCUCACGGUCGCUGUCUGCGCAAAAACCCAGACAGUGAUGUUUACUUGCAUCUGAACCCCCUCACCCACAGUAUCAUCAGGCAGAACGGCAAGCCGACAGUCACCGGUGAGCUUGGCGAAGCAGAAAUGAUGAGUUUUCAAACUGAGUUCCAGUGCCAGUGCUACAGCGGCUAUCAGGGAGAGGGCUGCGAUCAGACGGACCCUCUACACCAGAGAGGGACGGCAGCUCAAGCUAUGGCAUCAGCACCGCAGUGUGUCAUCUUACUGAUUAUCUCUCUGCUCCUCUGGUAAUGCACCAUAAAUACAAUAGACAUAGCUGCAUUUUUUUAUGUCAAAUUAUAGGAGCAUACAAGACAACAGGUUGAGAGUUUCUGAGAGUGUGGAGUGUCGUUUGUUUCUUGAAUUAUUUUAAAAUAUGGAUGACGCAAAGUGACAUUUUAUAAACACUGUGGAAUUUGCAAAGUUAUAUUUGUUUAUAACUUUUAAUCUUUUAUUUGAACAAUGGAGGGCUUGCUGGAAAUGACCUUGUUUACAUUUUGCUCUCAGUUGCCUCUCAGUCACUGUUUCCCAAGGUGACAAAUUCCAUGUGUCCCAUAGAGAGCACGUUUUUGGGAGGAAAUGGGAUGAAUGAGUCGACGUAUGUCAAUCGAUGUGCGGUGAAAAUGGAAUUGAUGCACUUAUAUCUGGUAUAAGCACAAUAUAUUUGAAGUGCCUGAUCUUUUUUCAACUUGACAUCUCUCAUGACCUUUUUAUGGAGGAAACUAAAGUGUUACUAUUUAUUUGAAUGUAUUUUUCUGUGUUUUUAUAUGAAAUUUUCUUAUUUUUAUGUCAAAAACAUGACUACUAAUUUUCUCUUAAAACGCUGCAUUACUCCAAUUAUGCUAAAAAAAAACAGUCAACAGCCAUUUUACUUCAGAAGCAAAAAAAUUGUACACACGAUAUAAAGAGACAAUUUUCGGACACUUUUUAUGUUCCACAGUUUUCCUGACAUUAUUGCCUCUGUCUUCAUGCUGUCUUCCCAAAUUUGACAUUUUGUCAAAGUAAAUAAACUUCUUUGUUGAA